AUGAGCAACCUGGCUAAGGAGAGAGGCGUUGUAGAUAAGGAUCUCCGUCACUACCUCAACCUGCGGUUCCAGAAGGGAUCAGUCGAUCACGAGCUUCAGCAGAUCAUCCGAGACAACCUCUACCUCCGAACGGUCCCCUGCACUACAAGGCCUCAUAAGGAGGGGGAAGUUCCUGGGGUGGAUUAUAUUUUCAUCACUGUUGAAGAUUUUAUGGAACUGGAGAAAAGUGGUGCUCUUCUAGAAAGUGGAACCUAUGAAGAUAAUUACUACGGUACCCCCAAGCCUCCACCAGAGCCAGUCCCACUGCUAUUAAAUGUCACAGAUCAGAUCCUCCCAGGUGCCACGCCCAGUUCGGAAGGCAAACGGAGAAGGAACAAGUCAGUGAGCAACAUGGAAAAAAUGGGCAUUGAUCCUCCAGAGGAAGAAGAGGAAGAGAAAGCAGUGGUCAAUGGCAACGGCAUGGCAAUCACACCAGAGUCAAGUGAACAUGAGGAGAAGAGCACGGGUGCCUCAGGAGAAACUCCAUCUCAGCCUUAUCCUGCUCCUCUUUAUAGCCAGCCGGAAGAAGUGAAAGAGGAGAUGGAUGUAACCAAGCAGCCCAAAAUUGAAGAAAACGACGAACUGGGGCCCUUGCCAGAUAACUGGGAAAUGGCUUACACAGAGAAAGGGGAAGUCUACUUUAUUGAACCUGAAUGGUCAAUUUCCUCUCCCCAUACAGAUCUUAAUCUAAUGGGUUGGAUCCAAAGAUUCCCUUCUUUCAAUGGAGGAAGAUUUCCUCUGACAAAGGAAGAGAAUGAAGAAUUGCCCUACGGCUGGGAGAAAAUUGACGAUCCCAUUUAUGGCACUUAUUAUGUGGACCACAUAAAUAGGAGGACCCAAUUUGAAAAUCCUGUUUUGGAAGCCAAAAGGAAGUUACAACAGCGUACCAUGCCCAACGCAGAACUUGGAAUCAAGGCUAUGCCAGCCCAAAGUUUCAGAGUAGACAACGCCUCAUCAACUUUACCUAGGCCCAAUCUCGUUCACCCGCGCCUUGCUCCUAAGAGGUCUCGUAGUGUGAGCGACCUAUCUCAAUAUCGGCGGGACAUUGCUGGAAUGUACAGGCUGUAUGAGAAACCCCUCUUCACCCGGGAUGCCUCGCAGCUCAAAGGCAACUUCCUCAGCACAACUCUGAAGAAAAGCAAUAUGGGCUUCGGAUUUACCAUCAUCGGUGGGGAUGAGCCCGACGAAUUCCUCCAGGUCAAGAGCGUCAUCCCGGACGGGCCGGCGGCACAAGACGGCAAGAUGGAAACCGGUGAUGUUAUUGUCUACAUUAAUGAAGUAUGCGUCCUUGGACAUACCCACGCGGACGUCGUCAAACUCUUCCAGUCUGUUCCCAUUGGUCAGAGUGUCAACCUGGUGCUAUGUCGUGGAUACCCUUUGCCCUUUGACCCUGAAGAUCCUGCCAACAGCAUAGUGCCACCACUCACCAUGAUGGAGAGGCCUCCGGUCGUCAUCAACGGAAGACAUAACUAUGAAACUUAUUUGGAAUACAUUUCUAGAACUUCCCAGUCUGUUCCGGAUAUAACAGAUCGGCCGCCACAUUCUUUGCAUUCCAUUCCAGCAGAGAGUCAGCUUGAUAGCACAUUCCCACCACCCCUCCAUGAUGACAACAUCUCCAUGGCCUCGUCAGGAGCCACUCAAGCUGAACUCAUGACCUUAACCAUUGUGAAAGGGGCCCAGGGCUUCGGCUUCACCAUAGCAGACAGUCCCACAGGACAGAGGGUGAAGCAAAUCUUAGAUGUUCAGGGCUGCCCUGGUUUAUGUGAAGGUGACCUCAUUGUCGAGAUCAACCAGCAGAAUGUACAGAACAUGAGCCAUGCCGAAGUAGUGGAUAUACUUAAAGAAUGUCCGGUUGGCAGCGAGACUUCUUUGUUUAUCCAUAGAGGAG